CAAGCCUGAUGGGAUCUCCCAGCUGGAGCAAGAUCUACAGGUCUUUGAUCUGGAAACUAAGAAUAGAGAAGUCUUAAAGAGACAGCUUCUCAGCCAGUGGGAGAACCUUGACCCAGCUCCCCUAGAGGCUACCAGAGAACAACCCAUGACCGAGAUUUGGCCUCCGAGACGCCUAGAUGGGACCUGGAAGUGUGUGCAGAGGAACCCGAGUUUCUAAUUGCCUCUCCUUGGAGACAGAAGUCGCUGACACGCUGCGAAGCGGGUUCAAACAGUGUCAGGGGCUCAGCGUCUCCCGCCCAGAGUAGGAGGGUCCAGGGCUCCGCGCAGUCGUGGUCGGAAGCUCGGUCUGAGGCGAAGAACUGGCUGAGAGAAGCGGCAGAGCCCUAGCGUCCGGGACUCCUGGUGGGAUUGGGUGAGGCUAUAGGAACCCUGCUCAGUGUCCAGGCUAGUGUGCCCUUCCCUGCUUACAGGGUAGGGUGAGUGUCGUCAUGUCCAGGUCUCUGAGUGGACAGCGCAGGUCGGGGAGCCGCGCCCGCCCGCCGGCGGCCAGAGGCCGCUCUUGGCAUUUCUAAUGGUUUGGCUGCACCUCGGCUCGGCCACGACCGUCGCGAGCGGUCAUGGGUCGUUGCUUUUGCCCAUCGUGCCUGGAGAAAGAAUAAAGCUUCGAAUGCUUUCUAGGUUGGAAGUCUGUCUUGGGACAGCGUCACCCUUGCCUUAAGUGACUGUCUAUCCCUUGUGCCGUGUCCAGAAGAAAUUUUAGAAAAGAUCUCAGAGUUGGAAUAGCAUCGGAGACUGGACCCAGCCCGUGGAGAAGUUUCUUGCACAGAUGUCCUUGGAGUCUGUGUGUCCAUCCCCAGAGCAGGAGCCUCGAAAGACCAGGGUUCAUAGUCUCUGCUGGAUUCAGUCCAUACACCAUAACCUGGUAUUCAGGGUCCUCUGCGAUGUGGCCUCAACCCAACUAUGCAGUCUCAGUGUUCCAGAGACAGACCCAACAAGACCGAUGGUGAGACCUGGACUGAAGAUUAAUGGAUUAUAAAGCAGAAAGCUCUUGAAGUAAGGAUACAACUACAUAAAGGAGAUGAAUGUGAACAAUGUGAACAAAACAAACAUGAGGGAAUCCUUUAAUAGAGAAGAACCCUACGACUAUGAAAAAAACUUUAGUAAUAUCUCAAACUUUAUCCAACAGCCACAAAUUGUUAUUGAAGAGAAAUCUCAAAUGUGUAAUAUAUGUGGAAAAUUAUUUAGGCGUAACUCAUACCUUAUUCAGCAUGAAAGAAUUCAUAAGCAAGAGAAACCUCAUAAGUGUCAUGAAUGUGGAAAAGCCUUUGACCAUAGUUCAAACCUGAUUCAUCAUCAGAGAAUACAUACUGAAGAGAAACCCUAUGAAUGCAGUGAGUGUGGGAAAACCUUCCGGCGAAGCUCACACCUUAUUCAGUAUCAGAUAAUUCAUACAGGAGAGAUGCCUUAUAUGUGUAAUGAAUGUGGAAAAGCUUUUGGUCGAAGCUCAAGUCUUACUCAACAUCAGAGAAUCCACACAAGGGAGAAGCCCUAUGAAUGUAAUGAAUGUGGGAAAGCCUUUAGCCAGAGCUCUAAUCUGAUAGAACAUCAACGAGUUCACACCAAAGAGAGACCGUAUGAAUGUAAUGAUUGUGGGAAAACUUAUAGUCAUAACUCACACCUCAUUGAACAUCAGAGAGUCCAUACAGGAGAAACUCCUUAUAAUUGUAAUGAGUGUGGGAAAUCUUUUAGUAGAACAUCACUCCUUAUUAAACAUCAUAGAAUUCACACUGGAGAGAGACCCUAUGAAUGUAUUCAAUGUGGGAAGACCCUUAGUUGGAACUCUCACCUUAUUCAGCAUAAGAAAACUCAUGGUGGAAUAAAACCCUAUGAAGUAAAGAAUGUAAGAAAACAGUCAAGUAUAGUUCAUACCUUACUGAUCAUCUGAGAAUUCAUACAACAGAGAAACCAUGAAUGAAAGAAAUGUGGUAAAGCCUUUGGUUGGAGUUCAACUCUUGUUGAGCAUCAGACAAUCCACACUGGGGAGAAACCCUAUGAGUGUAGUGAGUGUGGGAAGGCCUUCAGUCUGAAAAUCCACAUGGUGGACAAACCUCACAGAUAUGUUCAGUGCAUGAAAACCGGUAGAUGGAAUUCCCACCUUAUUCAGCAUCAGUGAGUUCACUUUGGAGGAAUGAUGAAUAUGGGCAAAGCCCUGUUACAGAAAGCCUUGUUAUCUGACAGAGAAUACAUGAAGGAGGUAUAAUGCAACACUAUAAAGAUGAUGAUGAAAAUGAAACCUAACUAGCACUAGUUUGAUAUCAAGAAUCUACAUCAGAGGGAGAUGCUAUGGUUUGCUUUCCAAAUCUCCAAAUUCAUCCUCUGAAAACGGAAUGAGUUAGGUCAUGGAAAAAGAAUCAGGGAAUCCUGGAUUCAGACUUGUAGAUCAGGAAAGCAGUAGAGUGAGCUUUGAACCCAGUAGAUUUCCCUAUAUUUCACCUGUCCUGUUUGUUAUAACUGUAGAUGGAAGUGGCUUUUGGGUCUCCUUGGACCAAUACUUUGCCUCUCAGUGUCCUGCAGACUACUGAAUCUCUUUGUGUUUUACGACAUAAAUGCACUUAAUAAAUGAGCACAUUUUCUAAACCAAGUAAUUUCUCAAUGUGA